GAAGGAACAGGAAGAAGUGCUGGGACUUUUCACACAGGUUGGGAGGAGGUAUGUGAUCUGGAGGUUGUGCCCGCUGCUUGAGUUUAGCUCACAGACUCCCACAGGAGAAGGGAGCUCACUCACUUCUGGACUGAAGAGCAGAACAUAAGAAACAAAAAACGGAAUGCAUUAAAGGACAGAACGUAACUAAAGUGUAAUGUCCCUAAAAGAGUGGAAAAAGAGGAAGUUAUUAAGAAGCUAGUAACAAUUGUAUGCUGUAUAAAUGUAUGAGGAGUAUAGCCCUGGCUAAGUGUGUAUGUGUAGCAGAUCCUGGUUAUUUGACUUCUAAAUUAUUUUGAGACUGUUGUAUGCAAGUGCUCACUUUACAGUGAAUGUUAUAUAUAUUUUCUAUAAUAAUAUUUCUCUUUUCUUUAGUUAGUAGUUUUCUUUGUACACACUUAAUAGUAGUUACACACCCUUAUUUGUACUUUCUGCACUACUCAAGUAAUUUAGACUUUCUUUGAAAUCAAUACUUUCAAAAUAUAUUCUGUAUAAAAGGUAAUUUAUGUAUAAAAAUAUUUACAGAAACAAAGGUUUUAAAACGCCUGCUUAUGGUUAGUGUAAAUGUAGGCAACUAAUUGGCUCCUCACAUAUUUUUUUUUUUUUUUACACAUUAGUUAAAUUCUGUGCAAUUGAUAUAAUUUGAUGUUUUUUUAAAUGUACAGAACAGAGACUUUGCAGUCUGCAAUACACUAGUGUAUGUAACAUUUAAACAAAUCUGCAGGAAAGUUACAAUAAGAAAAUUUAAAAAUAUUUUGGAAACUGUCAUUUUAUUUUUUACACCUGGUUGUGGAUUAUUUUUGUUUUGUUUUAAGCUCUGGUUAUAAAAGUGUGAGUGCACAAAGUUUGGUUCAGAGAAUGGUUAAGAGACGCCCUUAUUUAGGGGGUAUUUGGGUACCAUGGAGGAGGAGGAAGGGACUUUGUCUAGUGGCGACUAUGAUAAGCAUUAUAGUUCUUGGCAUUAUGCUGCUUAGUAGAAAUGGAGAUGAUAGCAGUAGCCACUAUUCAAAUGACAAUGAGUUACAAGAGCCACGUGACCGCAGGGCAGCAAAUGAUGGAGAGCAGCCCUCUCUGGACUUGGAACAGUUAAAGAGGCCAGUUUAUGAGAAGCCACCUUUGAAUCCCGAUGCCCUGGGUGAGAUGGGCCGGGCCGUGAAACUCAACCUAGAGGGGAAAGAGAAAGAGCUGGAGGAAGAAAGCAUCAGGAAGCACCAGAUAAAUAUCUACCUGAGUGAUAAGAUUUCCCUACACCGAAGGCUGGAGGAGAGAUGGAACCCAAUGUGCAAAACAGUGAAGUAUGACUAUAACAAGAUGCCCAGAACUUCUGUUGUCAUUGCAUUUUACAAUGAAGCGUGGUCAACGCUACUUAGAACUGUUCAUAGUGUCCUUGAAACAUCUCCGGACAUCCUUCUGGAAGAAAUCAUUCUUGUUGAUGAUUACAGUGACAAAGAACACCUGAAAGAGCCAUUGGAAAAACAUAUCUCCACUUUGAAGAAGGUACGUCUGGUCCGUGCAAAUAAACGUGAAGGGUUAGUACGAGCUCGUCUUCUGGGUGCCUCCAAGGCUACGGGUGAAGUGUUGACCUUUCUUGAUUGCCAUUGUGAGUGUCAUGAAGGCUGGUUGGAACCAUUAAUGGAAAGGAUCCGAGAAGAGGAGAAAGCUGUAGUUUGCCCGGUCAUUGAUGUGAUUGACUGGAACACAUUUGAGUAUUUGGGUAAUGCUGGGGAGCCUCAGAUUGGUGGCUUUGAUUGGCGGUUAGUCUUUACCUGGCACGUUGUCCCCCCAAUAGAGCAACAGCGCAGGAGAUCUGCAAUUGAUGUGAUCAGAUCCCCAACUAUGGCUGGUGGUCUGUUUUCAGUGAGCAAGAAGUAUUUUGAGUACUUAGGAUCUUAUGAUACCGGAAUGGAAGUGUGGGGAGGUGAGAACCUUGAAUUUUCAUUUAGGAUCUGGCAGUGUGGGGGAACAUUGGAAGUUCAUCCCUGUUCCCAUGUGGGCCAUGUCUUUCCCAAACAGGCCCCAUACUCGCGUAGUAAAGCUUUAGCUAACAGUGUACGGGCAGCAGAAGUAUGGAUGGAUGAUUAUAAAGAACUGUAUUACCAUAGAAAUCCUCAUGCACGCUUGGAGCCAUACGGAGAUGUAUCAGAGAGAAGACAACUCAGAGAACAACUGAAGUGCAGAAGCUUCAAAUGGUUCUUGGAGAAUAUCUAUCCAGAGCUUCAUGUUCCAGAAGACAAACUGGGUCAUUUUGGAAUGCUGAAAAACAAAGGAAUGGCCAACUUCUGCUUUGACUAUAAUCCUCCAAGUGAGAACGAGGUCACUGGGCAACAGAUUAUUUUGUAUCCAUGUCAUGGAAUGGGACAAAACCAGUUCUUCGAAUACUCCUCUUACAAUGAAAUCCGUUAUAACACAAGACAGCCUGAAGCCUGCGCUGGAGUAGAUAAAAAUACAGAACAUUUAACAAUGUAUUUGUGUCGAGAAAAUACGCAAAUGGUGCCGGAUAAUCAGAAGUUCAUUUUCAGAGAGGAUGGUACCCUGCUUCAUGAACAAACCCAAAAAUGUGUUCAAGCUGAAAAAAACACCCAAACAGGAAUCAUAGCACCUUUAUUACGGCCAUGCACAGACUCUGAUUAUCAGAAGUGGUACUUCCAAGAGAGAAACUAAAUCGUACUUUUGGAUCCAAAAAUCUUAAUCAAUACAAUCCAUUUUGAGAACUGACUGCAAAAUUAACAUAUCAAGGGCAAUAAUAUUGUUUAAGUUGACAGACUUACCUUCACUCCGUAUUAUGACAGCUAUGGGUUUUUCAAUAUCAGCUAUUUUGUUACUUCUUUUUAAGGGAACACUGUUGUAAAUCACUUUCAUUCAAAUCAGUACGUAUAUUUUUGUAUUUAAAUUGGUGUAUUUUAUAUUUAUGGGGCAGUGAAAGAUUUGGGGGGGGGAAAGAAAGUGUAAAGCGAAUUGUAGAUAAAAUUAGGAAAACAAUAUUCUCAAUCAACAAUAAAUGUGCAACGCUCUCAGAAAAUCAAAUCUGAAGGAAAAACAAA